CGAAAUCUGCCCGGUUGAACACAGUUUAGGCGAAAACAUGGGUUGUGCUGGAUCCUCACAGACCAAAUCUGAAGGAACUGGUAAAAAGAAGAUAAGAAAGCCAAGAGCUUGGAAACAUCCGCAGCCAAUCACGAGAAGCCAGCUCAUACAGCUGAGAGAGGAGUUUUGGGACACUGCUCCUCACUAUGGUGGUAGGCAAGAAAUAUGGGAUGCACUAAGAGCAGCAGCAGAAGCUGAUCCAACGCUGGUUCAGGCAAUCCUAGAAAAUGCUGGGAUCGUAGUUCAUAAUGCUGAUAUGACAGUUUGCUUUGACGAAACAGGUGCAAGAUACGAAUUACCAAAGUAUGUACUGAGCGAGCCGAAAAAUUUGAUACCAUAUACUUAAGAACCAAAGGCGUGGAUUUUCGAUAUCUGUAGCCAUCAUCCGAGUUCGUCUCGAACAAUGUACAUUGUGUCGUUUGUUUUAACAGACGUUAAAGUUAUAAAACUAUAAUCCUCAAUACAAUACAAAUUACCUUUUCCGUUUCAGCAAAUGUAGCCCGACUGUGCAGCACCACUAUAAUAGUAUCGGGCCUCGCUCGGUUUCAUGUAUCAAA